AGUCUCGGGCGGCCUCCGUCGUAGGCCCCACGGUGGCCCGCAGCCUGCGGGCGGCGCUGUGGCCCGGCGAGGGGCCCCAGGGAGCCGCCAUAGUCGCCCGCCUUCCGCAACCUAACGUCUCCGCCGCCGGCUUCGCGCCGCCGCCAUGGCAGACGUGGAAGACGGCGAGGAGCCCUGCGCCCUGUCCUCUCACUCCGGUAGCUCAGGAACCAAGUCGGGAGGCGACAAGAUGUUCUCUCUGAAGAAGUGGAACGCGGUGGCCAUGUGGAGCUGGGACGUGGAGUGCGAUACGUGCGCCAUCUGCAGGGUCCAGGUGAUGGAUGCCUGUCUUAGAUGUCAAGCUGAAAACAAACAGGAGGAUUGUGUUGUGGUCUGGGGAGAAUGUAAUCAUUCCUUCCACAACUGCUGCAUGUCCCUGUGGGUGAAACAGAACAAUCGCUGCCCUCUCUGCCAGCAGGACUGGGUGGUCCAAAGAAUCGGCAAAUGAGAGCGGUGGAAGGUAUUCUUCAUGCAGUUGUGUGGAGCCCUGGGGAUUCUUGUUAUCAAGUGCUCUACCAAGGCUAGAACUCUCCAAGGGGACUAAUUCUUCUAAUAGGAGGCAAUGGAUCUGUGGUCCCUGGGACUCAUCAAAGGCAUGGUUUAGUCUUUUUCAGUUUUUUUUCGGAGAGGAGGUGUUGUUUUCAGAAAUGCUCUACAAUUAAGAAGAUAAUUUAUUAAAAAUGGUCUUUCCUACCUCUAUGGUAUGUGUCUCACACACUGCUUAGAAGUACUAUAAAAGAGAGAGCUACAAAUUGAACAGCCUUUAUAGUUUACUUACUUAUAUCCAAGGGGCUAUGGAAGCAGUUCCAUUGAGAAGUGGACUUUUUGCAUGCUUAUGGUUGAUCAGUUUUUUAAGAAAGAUAAUGUUAUAGUAACAAAUAAAGUGCAGUUUAAAACCCGA